AGCGGGGCGGCGGUGAUUUAAAUACGGUCCGAGAAGGGAAGGCGACUGGAUGAGAUACGGCUGCGUCUCUGGGAAGGAUGAGAGUUAAGAGACUGCCACACGGUGGAGCAGAGCUUAACUAAACUUUUCUCCUGCAACAUUUUUACAACACCUCUCCAGAUCCCCUCCUCCACUCCCCCUCUCCCAUUUCUCCUCCCGUCCCCACGAACCGACCAAAAAGAAAAAGAAAAAAGUUUGAAAUUUCCCACCUGAACAGCUUAUGAUCUGAAAUCUGCAGGUUUCUCCAACUUGAUUUUGACUCGUUUUAAAAUUUUAUUAUUAUUCUUUUGUAAAGGAAAGCGAGUGGGUUCAUCUCUUUCUCCACAAAAACAAACUUAAAAAAAAAAAAAAAAAAAUCAGAAAUGUCGUCGCCUCAUUAGUCGCCGCGGCCGCCCGGUGUGUUUCCGCCGCAGUGACACGCACCGCCAUGCUCGCGUCCAAUGCGAGCCUCGGCGGCUGCGCGGAGUUCAACAGCGCCCUGUGCGCCGGAGCCGGGGAAGGGCAGCCGGGGGGCGGUUCGCUCCGGACCACCCUCAGCCCGACGGGGCACCUGGUCGUGGCCGUGUGCCUCGGCUUCAUCGGAGCGUUCGGACUCCUCAGCAACCUGCUGGUGCUGGUCCUGUUCUGCCGCUACAAGAUGCUGCGCUCCCCCAUCAACCUGCUGCUGAUCAACAUCUCCGUCAGCGACCUGCUGGUGUGCGUGCUCGGGACUCCGUUCAGCUUUGCGGCCAGCACGCAGGGACGCUGGCUCAUCGGAGCGGAGGGAUGCGUGUGGUACGGCUUCGCCAACUCCCUCUGCGGCAUCGUGUCCCUGAUCUCCUUGGCUGUCCUCUCCUAUGAGCGCUACAGCACCAUGAUAACCCCGACCGAGGCCGACUCCUCUAACUACCGCAAGACCUCCCUGGGCAUCCUUUUGUCCUGGGUCUACUCUCUCUUAUGGACCCUUCCACCGCUCUUUGGCUGGAGCCACUACGGUCCAGAGGGCCCCGGAACCACCUGCUCAGUCGACUGGACAGCAAAGACGGCGAAUAACAUGUCUUACAUCAUCUGCCUGUUUGUGUUCUGCCUCAUCGGACCUUUCCUGGUGAUCGUCUACUGCUACGGGAAACUGUUGUACGCCAUCAAACAGGUGAGCGGGAUCAACGCGUCGCUGAGCAGGAAGCGCGAGCAGCGCGUCCUUCUCAUGGUGGUGAUCAUGGUGAUCUGCUACCUGCUCUGCUGGAUGCCGUACGGGAUCAUGGCACUGUUGGCCACCUUCGGGCCGCCCGGCCUGGUCACGCCCGAGGCGAGCAUCAUCCCCUCGGUCCUGGCCAAGACGAGCACCGUCAUCAACCCGGUCAUCUACGUCUUCAUGAAUAAACAGUUUUACAGAUGUUUCCGAGCCCUGCUGCACUGUGCCGCUCCUCGCAGAGGCUCCAGCUUGAAGAGCUCUUCCAAGGCCGGUACCAAAGCUGUGAAGGGAGUGGCGGUGACCGGCCCCCGCCGGACCGACGACUUGUUGUUUAUGGUCGCCUCUCUGGGCCAACCGGCUGCCACUGUACCCCAGCUGGGCCCGUCCUGUGAACCGACCAUUGACUUCACCAAAGCCCCGUCGUCUUACAACCAACCUGUGGUUGUGGUUUCACUGGUGGCCCACUCUGAGGGCUGACACUUGGCUAUUGCCGUGAAAACGUCAAAUCCCUGUCCUGGAAAUCACUAACAAUGUUGUAGGGCUGCGGACAUCAUCUCUGCCUCGGCCUGACUGGUGGUAGACUGGUAACAAAUGGAAACCAUGAAAUGCCUCUGGACAACGUGAGCAAAAACCCACUGCAGUGAACACACAGAACCUUUGAGGCCUUUGUUUAUCUGCAGAACAUUUGACUUUUCAACUUUUCUUUCAAAGAGACAUACAAAAAUACAUUUGGUCCAUUCAAAGGGCCUUAUGUGUUUUGAAGCUGAACAUUGACUGAGGUAUAUUUUUUGAUUGAUUUUGUUACUAACAGCACAUGAAGAACCUGGGCAGUUUAUGACCCAAAGUAUUUUAAAGUUUUGUUACUCAGAGGUAAAGUUUUGACAAAAUGUUUGAGCACAAGAAAAAUACUGUACAAAUUAUUUUAGACCUUUAUUUAUUUAAAGCUUUUAACUUGCUGCAAUUUCACGGAAGGACUUCAACCUGCAUCAAACAACCUGGUUCUAAAUAGGGACUUACUCUAUAUGUAGCACUGCUGAUGUAGCAUGCUAACGACAUUAAAGUUCCUCCGGUGCGACAUGGCUUUGAGUGCCGUCUGCGCAUGGACACUGUUACUAGGAGGAAUGGUAGAGUAAGGUUUAGGAAUGACAAGAAGAAUCUCAAUAGCGUCAUGUAGUAAUCUAUUCCCAAGCUUGCUUUUUAAAAUCAAUAAAUAAGGGUUAGGAUUAGCAAAACAAUUUGUUAGGCUCUCAAAUUGAUUGUUUGAAUGAGUCAUGUGAUCUAAUCUCAGAUAAACAGGAGAGAACAGAGGACAUUUCCCCUUCUGUCUGACUGUGACCUCUGAUAUCAUCUUCUACUCACUCAUCUGUGCACCACUUUAUAUCGCCAGCUACCUGUGUGAGCUUCUAAGCUUGUAACAUAGCAACUUACUUUAAAGGACCACCAGACUGCACAGCCGCCCGCCGUGCCUGUUCAAAAAUCGGACACCACUCUCGGCAAGAAUAAAAUGUCUAAAUCUAAUUACAUAGUCAAUUAGGAAAAUGCUUUGCGGUCCGGCCUAAACCCCCCUCUGGGUCCGGAUUUGGACCGCAGUCCAGCGAAUCCCUGAUCUCGAUUCAUGGAGGGACUUUAACGUGUCGAUUUCAACAGAAUAGGUAAUUACAUUGUUAAAUAUUUAAUCACACAAUGAAUGGUAUGUAAACAUAUCUGCUGUCUGAACUAUUUGUUUACUUGACUAAUUGAAGUGUUGGCUGAUUAGCAGUACUGGAUAGGAAUGAGUGCAAGUGGACUUUUGAGAGCAAACUGUACAGAUAAAUACAGUAUUACUGCAGAUCACAGGAACACAUUUUGAACUCAAAUGCAUUUGGAUCCAUAAGGUUGGAUGAACAGCAGCAUGACAACCUUUUACUUCCACAAGCCCCAGGUAGAAAUCACUAUUUAUCUUCAUAAUACAAACCCUAUGUUAACUGUUUAUUAAUAAUAAUAUUAUUCCCACAGUUAACAUAACAUUCAUCCUGCUCGGUGCAACUGAAACAACAAAAAAGUUGUUUUGUGUGUGUGUGUGUGUGUGUGUUAGAUUGACCUCGUAAAGUUACAGGGGAUUAAAAGAAGCAUACUGUGCAAAGGUAUCAGUCAGGAAAAAGAUACAAAACAAUUUCUAACACAGACCUUUGGUCUUGUGUAAUCUCUUGUAUUGUCCACAUGUUUAGACUAAGCAGUAGGGUUUAGAGUCAGAAGCCUUUUCUCCUGCACAUCUGGAUUAAAUCCACCAGAUGUGCAGGUGGGCAUCUGGUGGAUUCUGAUGGAAACACACCAAGUUGUUUUAAAAUGUAUUAUGCUACACUUUAUACAAUAAUAUAACAUUACUAAAACUAUGCUUUGGAUAAUCGCUUUAAAGUACACUGCAUGCAUUUAAAAAAAUGCAUAUUUUAAAUGUGUAUAUAUGUUACAUACUGUAUGUAUGCUAAUGUUGUACUUCAGAUGGCAUUUUCAAAUAGAUUUGGUGUAUUUUCCUAAACAGUUUUUAAUCAUUCUUAAAAUAAUUAUAAGGACUCUUGUGUUAUGAAACACGUCCAGUGGUGGACAUGAUCUUUCUAACAUGGUAUGCCUUAUUAAGUGCCUUAAUUGGUUAUGAUUUUGUUUUAAAAAAAGAAAAUUGAGCAAAAUUCUUAUUAGAAUUAUUGUAAAAAAUAUAGGAGACUUUACAUUUCCUCACCUUUUAAUCUCUUUCAAUACUGACAAAGGAAUAGCAAAUAAUUUGUUCAUGGCUCCUAAUGUCACGCAUUUAUGUCUAGACAGAGCAUCUACAGCAAAUCCAUAACUGAUCCUUAACACUUCAUUAAUCAAUGUGGAAGGUGUCUUCAGCUCCACAUCUGUCUAAAUAUGAUCCGUUUUCUUCAGUUCUUUAAAAAAACAGAAGCCGUUUUCUCCAGACAAUCCAUUUUCAGGUAUAAAAUCUAUUAGUGAACAGCAUUAUCUCCAGUUCACACUCCAUACCAGUUGGUGGCAGUAAUGUACGCCUUCAGUUAUUUUUGAAAACCACCACCAAAGAAAUAAGAAAAAAAUAAACUCUACCAGAAGAACAGGAUCACCUACAACAGGGAAACAGAAAAGAUUAUUUCCUUAAAAUUCACCAUCUUUUCUUGUACAAUUAAACCUUAUCAGUAGAGAGCAGCUUGAUGGUGGGUUAUGGUUUUGGUAAAUUCAAGAAAAUUGCUACCCAGCUGGAUUUAGAUAAUACCUAGCUAACUAAGUAGCUACCUUGCUAACUAGAUACAUAUUACUAGAUAGCUAACUAGCUGUCUAUUUAUCUAGCCAUCAAACUAGCUGUCUAUCUAGAUAUAUAUUUCCCACCACAGCAGAUUGUACUAUUGUUAUUGCAAUGAAUCUUCUCUGCUUUUAUACUUAAUAUUAUCCUAGUCUGUUAUUCUCCUCAGUCUGCUGCAGUGAAUGUAUUUUUUACCUGCACACGAUGGAGACUAAAAAAAUAAAUAAAUCAUUAUUUUAAAAAAAAUGUGAGCACAAUAAAUGAGCUCUCAGGUGACAAGUGGAUUCCAGCCUUCAUGCUAAUGAGCGCUGGAUGAGGAACAGACGGGCACAGUGCUACAUAGAUAGCAGCGGCUGAUACCCCUUUUACCAAAACACCAGUGCAUUACUUCAUAAGACGAUGGGCUGGAAAAAAAUGUAACAGACGGUAAACUUGCUGACGGUCCGUAUGCCUGAGCGGUCCCUCUGUGACUGAUGGUGUGUUCUUUGGGACUGGCGACAGAGAAGUGGGACAGCGAGGAUAUUUAUGCAUGUGUGUGAAAGAGAGCGCAGGGAAAAGGUGGUGAGCAUUGUGUCGGAGGACCCCGAACAGACAGCGCAGGCCACAUUUGUUUGCACCGCUGGUAAAAAUCCUUAAUACGAAUGAUUCUUUUAUCACGGCAACGUGCUCUCCCACAUAAUUUUUUCAAAAAGUAAGCUGUUGAUUUGAGUAAGCUCUUAAUUUGAGUAUACUUUGUCAGUGUCCGGAAAACAAAUUCGUAGGACGAUCGUUUUUAAACGAGGCGUCGCACGCAUUCGUACUUUUGUUGAUGGCGCACUCUGACCAGCAGGGUGUUCUUUAAGGCAGCAGUAUAUAACUCAUGAAAAUCUAGAUGUUUUUUGUACAUUUGCUAAAACUGACACUGUCAUAAAAGCAAGCUAUUAGACAAUCUGAAUAAAAUCUAACAAAUACGCUGCUGUAUUUGUUUGUCAGAAACAACCAAUCAGAGCCAGGAGGAGGCGGGGGGUCUUAGCGCGGCCAAUCAUGCUUGUAUACCCGCCACGCACAUUCUCACAUUUUCUCGCUGGUUCACCACAACAAAGCCCACCAUGAAUGCUAACACUACUUAGCAUGGCCACCGAUGAUAACAAGAGACAAACGGUUUUCCUGGAAAAGGUAAGUUGUUUCGCAGCCAUUAGCAUAUUUAGCAGCACGUACAGAAGGUGCGCAAAGACCCUCCUCCUUGUUGUGAUUGGUUGUUUCCGACCAGGAGCGGCGCAUUCCUUCUGACGACAACAAUAGUUCAGGAAAGAGGUGGAGGAAAUCGAUCUUUUCACAGAUCAUCUGUCUCACAUUAAACUGUCACAACAUGGUGACAGUUUUAACAAAUAUGUAAAAACCAUAUUUUUGUAAAAGUUACAUACUGUAGCUUUAAUAUGCCACCCUGUUAGAGCAUAGAGAGAGGAUGUUCUUUGACCAUUCCCCUUAAUAAAUUUAUGUAAAUUAUCCAUGUGUUGAUUUAUCUUAUCACUUGAUGAUCUGGUAACAAUUUUCUGGCUGAGAAUAAAACUAUUUUUUUUUCUAAAAUGGACAACGACAGCAAAGGUCACAUUAUAAAACACUCAAUAGGUCAAAAUCACAACCAUGCUGAUGCGAACAAGUUUCCCAGGAUGCUUUACAGAGAAACGGUCUCACCUCAUCGUGGAUUCUUCGCCAUACUCAACGGCAAGCAUAACACGCUGUUCCGCUUUGGUUUCACAUCAAUCCUGCUGUUUGUUGCUAAAAACCUCAAUCUUUGUCUCAUCUUGAGGUUAGCAAUUUUAACAAAUGAAAAGAAUGUUUUAUCCUCUAGUUUUAUUUUUCAUAGCCUAAGGUCUGCGUUAUAUGAUGUCUUUGACGGAAUGAAUUAUUCUACGUAGUCGCAGGCAUUUUUUUAAAAAGAAAAAAAUGGUCUUAAAUAACUGCAAUGGUCUUCAAGUAUUUUUAUUCCUUUGUUGCUAUUUUGUUCAUUUUAUUUAAAAUGCUGUGCACCACAAUGCUCUGGCUUGGCUUUGACUGUUGCUGGUAGUUCAUAAAUACAUUAUGGACACGUUGUUUGAUGUCUUUCCACACUUUAUUUGAAUGUACAUGACCUGUGUGAGUUUUCAUUAACCCAAAAAACUUUGGGCAUGUAUGGAGCAAUCAACAAAAGGCUCUUCUUUACUUUUUUUUGUACCUUCCUUACUGUAAAUUAUGGCAAAGAUAAUAUCCAGAAGCAUUGUGAUGACUUCCUGAAGGCAGAGUUUCAGAAAGAGCAGCAGCUUCUUAAAGAGACAGAGGCCCAAUUUCAAGAUGUCAAAUUACAAACUCGAGUUUCUUUUGUCAUAAUUGACAUAUACAGCAUUUUUAUAACAACUGAAGGUACUAUAGUUACUUGAUUGUGCUGUAAAACACAUAAUACCACCCAUUUAAAAUAAUGUCCCCAUUUACUAAAUCUUCUCAUAUUGAAUGGUGGAUUUUUAAGCUCUUGUUUAAAAACUGGUUUUAAAAACUUGCUUUCUCUGAGAGCAAACACUCUCAGAGAAAAAGAUUUUAUCCGGCUGCUGGUUGCAAUAUAAAGCAAUAUAUUGUCUGUAGUCACUAAUGUGUUGGUCCAAUCAUAAUGUCCACACUUUAGAAAGCAUUUGCCUGUUCAGAAGCACCUCUGCAAUUUUUUACAAAAAUCUCUGAAUCAAAAUGAAACUUUAUUGAAAGUGAUUUUU